AUGGCCGCUCUCAACCAGAAAUGUCAACUUUGGGACGUUAGCCGGGGCAUCGUCUUUGCCGGAGAGCCCAAGGUUUUCUAUCCUAACUUAGUUAUGGAGAGCUACCAUACCGCUGCGGCGACUGCGACAGAUAGCGAGGCUCAGUCGGCAUGUGUCGCAGUUGCCAGCAUGGGGGAAAUCGCAAAGAAGCCUACUCGUCGUCGGCGGAAGCUAGUCGUCAGUGAUGUCGAGGUUACUGCGACCGAAGAGCCAGUCACCAUGAGCCAUACCUCUGCUUCCGCCGAGGAAGAGCCUGUUCCAGAAGAUGGCGAGGAGGUUGAGGAACCCAUUGGCAACACCAUCAAAAAGCAGCCUGAAAAUUCUUCCACCAUGGUACCUCCAUUCACUCCGCUCCCGUUCAAGAUGCCAGAAGAAUUGUUCAGGGCAGCGAAGCAAGCUGCCGAGGGAUCUCCACAGUCCUUUUGGUCUUACAGCAUGUAUCGAGGCCCAGAUGACGAAAGGGUUAAGGUCCACUACUGCACCAGCCAAUACACCACAGAAAGGGUUCUUCAGAACUACUUCGCUCACGAAGAGGUUCUUGGCUUUGACCUGGAGUGGGAAACCAACGCCACGAGGUCUCGAGGUCCAAGGAAGAACGUUUCGCUCAUCCAGAUCGCGUCUCCGAGUCGCGUGGGUCUAUUUCACGUUGCCAAAUAUCCUUGCAAGGGCAGCCUUGUUCCGCCAACUCUGAAACAGAUCAUGGAGAAUCCCAAAAUCACCAAGGUUGGCGUGGCCAUAAAGGGUGAUUGCAGGCGCAUGGAGCAGCAUUUGGACAUCAAAUGCCGUGGUAUUCUUGAACUGAGUCAUCUCUACAAGCUUGUUCGGUUCUCGAGAACCGGAGAAUAUAAUCUCAUUAACAAAAGGCUGGUGUCUCUAGCCUUCCUAGUCGAGGAAUGUCUCGGUUUGCCCCUCUUUAAAGGGGCUGAUGUCAGGACCAGCCACUGGGCUAAUGUACUGGACGCAGACCAGAUCGAAUACUCAGCAUCUGAUGCCUACGCUUCCGUUCAGCUCUAUUUCGUGCUGAAUCAUCAGCGGGAACAAUUAAAUCCUGUUCCUCCUCUGCCACCUCAUGCCGAGCUCGACCUGCCACUCAGACAUGCGGGAAAUGACUACUUGUUCGCUGAGGACUCUGAGGCUCAGUCGCCAACCGAAGACACAACUGACCCGCUUAACGCGAGUACCACGGCUAAACAAACAGAUGUUGUCAAUUCCAACGAUCCCGCAAAUAUCGACAACCUCGUCGAAGCUUUCGAUGACCCCAACGUCCACCCUCUCCUUAACGCAGCCCAAAAGAAAGCCUACCGACUGUGUUUUACCCGCCAGGACAUCCGUAUCAGUCCGAUUCGACUACGUGCCUACUACCUCUGGUACGACAACCCGGACCUCAAGCCGGAAAAAAUCUCAGAGAUUCUGCGAGACCCGCCGUUGGCGACUAUUACGGUUGUGGCGUACAUCCUGGACUCAUUGCACACAGCAGGACUGCCGUAUGAUAAGGAACGGCUCCGGGACGAGGUGCUGGUGCAUGUGACCCCUGAGGUGCGGGCAAAGGCUUGGUGGAGGACUAAAUCCGGUGAUGUGUGGGUCAAGCCUUUUGAGAAAGAAGGGCUGUUGCCGGUACGUAGUCAGGAAAGCGGAGAGCCAGUAGGGACACAGGCGUGA